AUGGCGGAGACGGACGUGGAAGGAGUCAAGGGAAGUUCCAGUACAGCAUCCAACUUGCUUUUCCAGGGCAAGCAGUUUUGGCUGUCGAAGAACAUUCCACAGAGAAGUCGAUUCAAGGAUUCCAUCGAGAGAAAUGGCGGUCUCGUAAGACUCUUUGAGAAAGAUGCUGAAAUCAAAUUGGUGGAUCAUAUGAAAAGACAUCUAAGAAAUAUUCCGGCCAACGCAUUUUCCUAUCGCUUCGUUGAGGAUUCAAUUCGCCAAGGGCGUCUACAAAAGUUGGAAGACUACAGGUGUGCAUCUUCGGCCCCUCGUCCGGUAGGGGCGACCAAUCUACCCAGCAGGGGACAUAAGAUCCUGUACACUGUGCAAGACGACCAAGAACUCUGGGAUUGGGUGCAGACAUACGAAGGUGAUCCCAGUGCUUCUAUCAAGGGUAACAAAAUCUAUCAGGAGAAAAGGAAACGCACUCCGACUUCUGACAACUCAGACGGCACUGAUUCAGACGGAGGGGAUAUCCCUGCACGGAAGCGAAGGGCAACUGGGAGCCCUGGAAGCAACACGAAAACCCCAACCCCGGAUGUCCCUCAGCAAAGUGAAGAGACUUCGUCUCGACAAAAACAUGCGCCUCCGCCAAAGUUCAUACUCCCAGCCCUUGAUGAGAGUAUAACCAAAAAGCGCAGUAAUGAGAUGGGAAAAGGUCCUAAAAAGAUUCAUGAGCGACAGCCAGAACCAGGACCAGAACCAGAGCCAGAGCCAGAGCCAGAGCGAGAGCCAGAACUAGAGCGAGAACCGGAAUCAGAGCGAAAGUCAGAGCGAGAACUUGAAAAAGCACCAAAGCCUGCACCAGAGCAGGAACAAUUACUCAGUUACCUGAAUUCAAUACAAGACGCACUCGGACCCCAAGAGCCGGAGCCAAUUGACGUUGACGCAGGUCUCCUUGAGCUUCCUUUCCUACCAUCCACCCCAGAGAGCUCAGAACCCGAUGAACAGCCAGAACAAGACGUUGACGCUUGGAUUGACGACCAUCUCCGUACUGGAAUAGCAAAGACCGAGGAUCAAAUCAUCGAGGCUCUGCGCUGUACCAGUAUGGACCCGCAACUCGCCGAUCAAGUCCUAAAACACCUAGUUGCAGGAAAGGACAUCCCCAAAGAUAUGCCAGGAGUCUGGACAGCUGAGGAUGACAAAUGCAUCCAAGGGGGAGACACCAGAGAUAUCAAAAGGGUUUUAGAAAAGCACGGCUCUGAAUUCUUGAACUCGCGCUGGCACUAUCUCGCCAUGGCAAGAACUGCCGGUCUGGAAAUGGGUUAG